AUGUCUUCUUCCGUCGUUCGCGCGCCCCUCAUCGCCGCCCGCGCGUCCCGCGCGCGCGCGCGCGGUGCGCGACGUCUCUCGAGCGUCAUCGUCGCCGCGCGCGCGUCCUCGGACGCGCGAUGCUUUGUUUUCAGCGCGCACCGUUACGAAGACGAAACGCUUCGCCGCGCGCUCCCGAACGCGACGUACAGCAGCGCGCGUCUAUCGCUCGACACCGCGUCGCUCGCGCAGGGCCACGACGCGGUCUGCGUGUUCGUCGACGACGACGCGCGCGGCGAGGUCGUGGACGCCCUCGCGGAGCGCGGGGUGAAGUUGAUAUUGCUCCGCUGCGCGGGAUUCGACAACGUGGACUGCGAGCGAGCGCGCGAGAGAGGGAUCAGCGUGCUGCGCGUGCCGGCGUACGAUCCGUUGAGCAUCAGCGAGCACGCGGUGGCGAUGAUGAUGAGUCUGAAUCGACACUUGUGCGCGUCGCGCGACCGGCUGCGCAUGGGAAACUUUACGCUCGACGGCUUGGUGGGAAGUUCGAUGCGAGGGAAAACCGUCGGCGUCGUGGGAACGGGUAAAAUCGGCCGCGGUGUGGCGGAAAUUUUGAAGAAUGGAUUUCAGAUGCGCGUGCUCGGGUACGAUAAAUUCGAGAAGGACGAUUUUUGCGGCGAUUACGUGUCGCUCGACGAGCUCUUGGCGCGGAGCGACGUCGUGUCGCUCCACCUUCCGCUCACGCCGGAGACGCGUGGGAUGAUUUGCGUGGAGACGAUAGCGAAGAUGAAGGAGGGUACGAUCCUCAUCAACACCAGCCGUGGUCUGCUCGUCGACGCUCGCGCUGCUAUCGACGGUUUGUAUUCCGGGCGCAUCGCCGCGCUCGGCUUGGACGUGUACGAAAACGAAAAUCGCCUCUUCUUCAAGGAUUUCAGUUCGAUGAACACGAACGAGCGCAUGUUGGUGUGGGACGAGACGAUGGCGAUCUUAGGCUCGAUGCCGCAAGUACUCGUGACGCCGCACACCGCGUUUUUGACGCACGAGGCGCUGGACGAAAUCGCCAAGCACACCGCGGAAAACUUUCGCCAGUUUUGCGCGGGCGAACGUCUCGAGGGCGCCAACGUCGUCGUCGACGCCUCGGUGUCUGCCGCUAGUACUACUACCUAG